CAGGACGCUUGGAGUACUUUCUGGGAUGUUGGACAGAUGUCGACCUCUGGCGUCAAAACUUCGCCAAGAAGUUUUCCUCUGUUAACUUGACGCGCCUGCCACGUAGCUCUAACUUCCUGAAGAACCAGCGGCUUCCCAGCAGCAUCUUCAGUCGUUUAACACUUUCUCUGCUCAUGGUUAGUCCAGUUUUCCUCCCGGAGGUCUCGGAAGCGACAAGACUUAGGUUAACCGCGGACUGAGGAGCCCUCAGACCUCAGACUGCUGCAUCUGUGUGUCCCGUCUCACAGCGGCCUCCGCCUCCCGGUUCCUGUCCGGACAGAUGGUCUAUGGUUGCGCGACGAUGUCCAGUCCUGCAGUCUGACUGGGAUUUGUUCAUAACGGGACACAAGCAAUGGGUUGUUCGAUCCUGCUGUUGACCAGCUUGGUGUCCACCCUGGGAGGUCUGGUCUUUGGUUAUGAGCUUGGCAUCAUCUCUGGUGCCUUGUUGCAGCUGAAGGUGGAGUUCAGGCUCUCGUGUGUCCAGCAGGAGGCUCUGGUUAGUUCUUUGUUGAUUGGAGCUCUACUGGCCUCCACUGUGGGAGGCUGCCUGAUUGACCGACAUGGCCGCAGGAUUGCCAUCCUCCUCAGCAACAUCCUGAUCCUGACCGGCAGCCUGGUCCUGCUCAUCAGUUCCUACCCUGCACUGGUGGUGGGCAGAGUCACAGUGGGCUUCGCCAUGUGUAUAUCUUCUAUGUCCUGCUGCAUCUUUGUGUCUGAGAUGGUUUCCCCGGAUCACAGGGGCUUUCUGGUGACACUGUAUGAAGCUGGGAUCACUGUUGGCAUCCUGGCAGCUUAUGCCAUCAACUAUUUCCUGUCUGAAACCAGGGGAGGGUGGAGAUGGAUGUUUGGAUUUGCUGUGGUUCCGACUUUGGUUCAGCUGGUCUCUAUCUGGUUUCUUCCAUCCAGCACUAAGGACUCUGUAAGCCGUGCCUGCUGUCAGGCUGAGAGAUACCUCAUGAGUCCCACUGAAACCCCAGAGGAAGAGGAUUCCAGCUGGGAAACCAAGAAGGUUCAGUAUAACAGCUGCUCGCUGUUCCAGUGUAAAGACAACAUGAGGACUCGGACUGUCAUCGGACUGGGACUGGUGCUGUUUCAACAGUUCACAGGUCAACCAAAUGUCCUUUUCUACGCCUCCACCAUCUUCCACUCAGUAGGUUUUCAGAGUGAUGCCUCAGCAGUGCUGGCCUCUGUGGGCCUGGGGCUGGUCAAAGUGAUUGCCACUCUGACCUCCAUGGUGUUUUCAGACAGGCUGGGCAGGAGGCCUCUGCUCAUCAGUGGAUGCACUGUUAUGGCUGUGUGUCUGAUAACCAUUGGAAUGCUCAGUGGACAGUCAGUGAUGAACACUCAGAGGCCGUGUGACUCUGAGUUCAGUGUUAACAUGACAAACCUGCCUCAUUUACCCUCUGGUCACAGGUCAGUUGUUGACACACCUCUUGAUGAGAGCUUCAGGCUUCUUCAUACCAACACACAAGAUGAAAAUGUUGUAUUUGAUAAAUCUGGACCAAAACCACUGGAACCUGCUCCAGAGUCUUCGAGCAUCAUUGUGAACUGGAUCAUUCUGCUGUGUAUGAUGGCUGUGGUCAGUGCGUACUCCAUCGGAUUUGGACCAAUGACCUGGAUUCUUCUGAGUGAAAUAUUUCCAGCUGCUGUCAGAGGAAGAGCCUUCGCUUUCACCAGCUGUUUCAACUGGGCUGCCAACCUGUUGAUCACAUGCACUUUCCUCAAUGUUAUUGAUAGGAUCGGUUUGUCAAAGGUAUUUUUCCUGUACGGGGUGACCGCUGUGGCAGCUGGGAUCUUCUUCUACUUCCUGCUGCCAGAGACCAAAGGGAAGACUCUGGAGCAGAUAGACCAGGAGCUGCGUUUGAACAGGUUUCACCAUGGUGAGCAGUGCUGUGGCUGCAUCAGCCGCAGACAGACCUCCCCACAGUACCAGCAAGUGCACUGUCAGGUGAGCCCCUCAGGGUGAACAGAGACAUCACUACACAUACUGAGGACUCUACAGGAACAAAGAGGUCCAUCCCGCUCUGACGGCUGAUGACUGAAACACUAAAACUUGUGUGUGUAUCUUUAUGAAACUUGUUGAUAAAGUGUGUUUUCUUCAUGUGUUUUAAUCAGAUCAAAGUGACACUGUUUUUAGGAUUUAAAAAUUUUUUACAAUAUGAUCUUAUUUUCAUACUUGGACCAAUGUGUCUGAUAUUUCUAUGUUUAUUUGGCAGCAUUGGUCCACAUAGCUUCAUACUGUAGGUCCAGGGUUUGUCCUGAUCAGCCUGCAGUCUAAAGAACCAAUCCUCCAACCUGAACAACCAUACAGGUUGUUUUUUCAACCCUCUGAUUCGACCCACAUGAAAAAGCCUCCUGAAAAAGCACCCCUACAUUGAUAAGUGUACUUGCCUUCAUCACCAAGGUUACUAUAAUAACGGUCAUGGCUUGGUCAAGUUUUAGGAAAAGAUGGUGAUUUGGGUUAAAAUAAGUACUUCCUUAACAUUAGAUGAUCUUUGUUGUCAUGGUUACAUGAAAAACAACAUCAUUACUUUUGUCGGACAGUCAUGGACAUAAACAGCUACUUUCACUUGGGAAUCAAACACCCAUCUCUUGUGUCAUAUUCAUCCAUCCACCACAACCUACUCCUGACAUGGACUUUGUCUCUCUUUAUACUACGUCUCCUAUCAUGAUUACUACGACCACUAGAUGUUGCCUAGCAAUAAAACGUACCUAUGGGUAAUAAUAACCUGCUGCACAGAUGACCUAUGGGCUCGCUUUGUACAGGAGGACAGUAACAUAUGUACCAUGUGACCACCUCAUGCUGUGGUUUCUUGCCACUCUGAUCUGUCAACUGUCAGAGAUGAAAAUCUUAGAAACAUAACUUCAGAUGUGAAAAAUGUGGAUUAAAUUUUACAGGUAAAACUGUACCUGUGUAUCUUUACUUGGUUUUUCUUCAGGUAUUUGCAGUCCUUUAGGGGGUGUCAUCUUGAUUCAGUUGAUCUCUGAUCUCUACUACAGAGGAACAUAACAGGACAAGAUUGAGUCUAAACAAAACAUUUAUUAACUGUUAACACAAGAUAAAUAAAACCAGUAAUAAUCAAGUAAAAAUGCAAAGUGGAGCAAAGGAACAAUGUUCACCAGCAGCUGAUAAAAGUGUAGUAAUGAGCUGGACAAAGGUGGGUGAUGUGAUGAGGCUGUUGACUGUAUGACUGUGUUACUGACAGAGACACUGACCAGACGAAGGUUUUGAUUAUAGCUCCAGAAAAGAUCAAACAAAGCACAGGGCUCUUUCCCUCAGGUAUCCACUGCAACCAUGUGUAACUUGAUAUUUGAUCAGUCCAUGUCAGAUUUGUUUUCCAUCUAACAUUCAUCAGUAAACUGAAACCUAUAGUUUCAAAGGUAGAGAUGCUCAUACAUGCUUUUAUUUCUUCACAAAACACUCCUCUGCCCUGAAUCACCUGUUAGUAAUCCAGAUUGCUGCAGCUGUACUUCUAAUAGGUCAAAUAGAUGGUCUCAUUUCACGUCCAUACUCACUUCCCUUCAUGGGCUUCCUGUUACGUUCACUCAGCCCUGAAGCUAAACCCACUGUCCCACUCAGCUGUUUAAAGACAUUUGAGGCUGCAGCUCCACACUGAUGAGAGCUCUACCUGCUGAUUCUGUGGACUCAUCUAAAAAGCAGCUACAGAUGAAUCUAUUAAAAAGCCCCUUUAGGUGAUCUGUGCACACUAGAUGUGUUCCUUAUGUGUUUUACUGGAUUUUGGAUUUCAUUGUACUGUAUUGUGUUGUAUUCCUCUGUGUGUGUUCGCUAUGUUUUUUGCAGUUUGACUGAUUAUUAUUAUUAUUAUUUACCUGUUCAAGUAAACAACCUUUGAAGCACUUUGUGGCUCAUGUCUGUGUAAAGUGGUGUGUAUAAAUAAAGUUUACUUACUGAGAGGUCUAAAGUUUAAGAAUAAAAUAGAGAU